CGUAAGUUAGUAUUGGCGUCACCUGUGCUCUCCCUCCCGGGGAAGUUGAGUAAAAAUGGCGGACACAUCCUUUUGGUGUUGUCGUUGGCUAACAAGAAACAAAUGAAGCUGAUUUAAUAUGUAGAUGUGAGAUGUGGACGAGCCGGUUUACUGUUCGUAAAGUGUUCCAGACGAAGUAGCUGACUGUUACUCAUCUUAAGCAAACUACGGGGCUUCUUGUGCCGCACGGGAAUAAGUAAAAGAAUCAUCUCACGAUCUUUCUGAUCAAAGACAUCUGUAAUCUUCAAAGAUGUCCGACCGUCUGAUGAGAGAAUUCCAGACCCAGCUGACGACAGCCAUGGACUCAGUCCUGAGGAUGUCUUUGUUUGAAAUAAUGAAGAUCUUUGAGAACAGCCUACAUGAACAUCAAAUUGAGCUGUUGCAGAAAGGAGAAGAGAUUACUCAACUUAAAAUAAAGUUACAGAGAGCGGAGACCAAGCGAAGAGGAAGUGAGGGUGGAGGUGACAGAGGAGCCAAGAUGAAUAAAACUCAGAUGAGUGAAUCACAGAAAGAGCCUGAAGAUGUCUUGAACACCUCUGGACAAACUUCUGAGGUUCCUGAGAUUGAUUUUGAAGUACCUGAUGACUGGUGUGCUCCGCUCGGCUGUGAGACUGUGACCAAACCAGAGGACAACGUGUGCCCCAGUGUAAGACUGCGCUCACUAUACAUUCCUCUGUGGCAUGUUCCAGUCAUCAAGCAGGAGGAGGUGAAUUCUGACAUUGACUCCCACCAGCCAACACGGGGUGGCAGGAGAUCCAAGAGAGGUUACUCAUUGAAGGAGAGCCACAGACACACCCACAACAAAGGUUCACCAUUGUGUGAUCAAGGGACUCGACGGCCACCAGUAAGAAACGACAUGAAAAUAUUGCUCCAAGGCGUCAAACAUGAAUGUACUGACCCAACAAACGAACAUACAGGUCUUAAAAGAGGAGGGAGAAAUUUGACAGGGAAAGUGCAAAAAAACCCACUGAAGAGCAAAAGAGAGGAAAGAAAAACUGAAACAACUGAGUUGAAGUCUACAGAACAAGAGGCGGUGGAAAACCUCGGUGAAAAACGGUACUCCUGCAGGUUCUGUCAUAAGGUAUUUGAUACACAGUUUGGCCGAAGCGUGCAUGUACGAUCACACAAGAAGUGCAGAGGUUGCAAAAAAGAGUUCCCUUUUCCAAGUGUUCUUCGAUGCCAUAAACCAUUUUGUGCAAAACUUAAGAAACUGUUAGAAAAAAAAGCAGAGUCCACUGACCCUCCAAAACCUCAGUCCUGUGAUGAAGAAAAGCCAGCCACCCCAAGCAAAAAAGAGCUCAAGAUCAUCAUCAAGAAGGAAAGCACACCUUCCUCCAGCAACAACAAUGAAUCAUCUAUUCAGAAACCUGGAUGUGUGAAAAAGUUCCCCUGUAACUUCUGUAACAAGAAGUUUCAUUCACGUUGCAGGCUUGGGGACCACAUGCGUAUUCACACUGGCGAAAAGCCAUUUCCUUGCAGCAUGUGCCCAAAGAAAUUCCGCAUUAACCAGUCACUCAAACUGCACAUCUUGCGAAUACACAAGGACCAAGUGAAUUCCAGUGAGACCAAUGGAGACUUUGCAUGGACCAAACCUUUAGAGGCGAUUGAAGAUAAUCGAGAAGAUUUGAUUUCUCCCAGCAAAGACACAACUCAAGCAAUAAACCAUAACAAAGUUCAGAAAGAACGCAAUCCAGACAGAAAGCUGGGUCAGAAAUGGCAAACAAUGGGCAAGCGGUGCUCUGGCGGCUACAUGUGUUUAUUGUGUCAGAAGGUCAUAAAACAUAAAUACCUGUUGACUGAACACUUUCGCAUCCACACAGGAGAGAAACCUUUCAAAUGUGACCGCUGUCCUGCAAAGUUUCGUUCUUACGGACAGCUUAAAGUGCACAAAAAGAAGUGCAGUAAGCUUAUGAUCCAGUGUGAGAAGUGUGAGAAGAAAUUUCCCACACAAAUGAGGCAUGAUAAACAUGUGUCAAAAUAUCACAGGGACUGGCCUCAUUUAUGCAAAGUUUGCGGAAAAGGCUUCUUCAUGGAAGGACGCCUUAGGAACCACAUGGAGCGGCAUCAGUGAGACAGUAUGCAGUGGGCAUCACCUGCCUGUGGACAUUGAAACACUGGAUGUUGUAAUUAAUGUACGUACUGAUUGAUGGUG